AUGAAACUAUCAAUCACCGUACUGUCAUCAAUCCUUGCUAUCUGUUCGGUCACAAUUGCCAAUCCAACUGAUCCGAGUUCGACCAUGAGUGCUGAAGCUAGCACUCCAACAGCCUCUACAAGCGCAACUCCAGCUGGUGGAUCUGACUCUCCAAAAUCUCCUAGCAUAGAUGAAUUUAAGAAAUAUUGCGGUCAAUUUGAUGCUACUGAACUGUCGUCGAUUGAAGAAAUUGCAAAAUCUCGGAUUAAAUCCAUGAAAGCGUUUAAACUACUUGAAAGUCAACGUUUUGAUGCUGAUAUUCAGGAAAGAUUGCUUGCUAAAAAGAAGGAAAAGCUCGAGAGUAUGAGUCAAAUUCCGAGUCGGAAAUUGAGUUCUGCUAAAACCGAUUAUGAGUAUAAUCGUCAACGUUGUGAAGGAUCCAGAUAUUAUGCAACUGAUUACGUUUGGAAACUUUUGGAUAGGACGGAAGAAAAUAAAGAGUUGGCGACCAAACUUACAAGCCAUUCUUCAUUUGGAGUAUCACUGAAUGAUUAUUAUAGUUCACCGAAAUCAGUUUACGGAUAUCGGGAUUGCCUCGAGUAUUUCUACAAUCGCUUAUCACAAUGA